AUGAAUUACAAUAAAGUGGAAGCAUUGAAAAGAAAAACCUAUCUAUCAAUUUACAGUAGACAAUACAAUUGUAUUCAUUAUAUAUAUACAAAUAACAAUUUAAUGGAUAAAUUAACAUUUACAAAACCAUGUCCAGAAGAUGAUUAUCGAUUUCAUAAUGCUACUGGAAAUUUUUUAUGUGUCGUACCAACAGCAAAAUUAUGUUUUAAAUUAUGCCAAAAAUUUGGUUGUACUGAAUGGUAUUAUAUGAGUUUUAUACCAUCAGGAAGUAAUGAAAUAAAAGAUUAUCAUCGUUGUCGAUGUUUCCCGGAAUAUCGUUUUUGUUUUUAUAAUGCCGUACCUAGACGAUAUCGUAAUUUUGAUUGAAUAGAAGCUUUUUUUGCUUUUUUUCUUUUUUGUUUUUUCUUUUUUGUUUUUUCCUUUUUCUUUUUUUCUCUCUUGUUAUUUAUCUUUGAAACUAUAAACUUCAAUGGCCAAUUCACUAUUUCUAUUCGAUAUUUUUGUUGUUGUUGUUUAUUCUAGAUUGAUUUUUCAUUGAAUUGAACUCGUUUACAUUAUUGAUUUUUUUUAAUAUCAGCAUAAUAUUGUAUAUUUUCAAGUUAUUUUUAGUUGCCUUAGUUACUAUAAAAGUAAUUUAAUUAAUUAAUUAAUUAAUUAUUUAUUACUUAAACAAAUACUUUUUAUGUUUAUUUCAUUUUAAUAAACAUUUAAAGUUAAAUUUGAAUACAAA